CUCCUCAGUUAAAGAUCUCUGAUGAUCGGCUGACUGUGGUCGGAGAGAAGGGCUACUCCAUGGUACGGGCAUCUCACGGGGUACGGAAAGGUGCCUGGUACUUUGAAAUCACUGUGGAUGAGAUGCCACCAGAUACUGCUGCCAGGCUGGGCUGGUCCCAGCCCUUAGGUAACCUUCAGGCUCCCUUAGGUUAUGAUAAAUUUAGCUAUUCUUGGCGGAGCAAAAAGGGAACUAAGUUCCACCAGUCUAUUGGCAAGCACUACUCAUCUGGCUAUGGGCAGGGGGACGUCCUAGGAUUUUAUAUCAAUCUUCCUGAAGACACAGAGACAGCCAAGUCACUGCCUGAUACUUACAAAGAUAAGGCUUUGAUAAAGUUCAAGAGUUAUUUGUAUUUUGAGGAAAAAGACUUUGUGGAUAAAGCAGAGAAGAGCCUAAAACAGACUCCCCACAGUGAGAUAAUAUUCUAUAAAAAUGGUGUCAGUCAAGGUGUGGCUUACAAAGAUAUUUUUGAGGGAGUUUACUUUCCGGCCAUCUCAUUGUACAAGAGCUGUACGGUUUCCAUCAACUUUGGACCGUCCUUCAAAUACCCUCCGAAGGAUCUCACCUACCACCCUAUGAGUGACAUGGGCUGGGGUGCUGUGGUGGAACACACGCUGGCUGAUGUUUUAUAUCAUGUGGAGACAGAAGUGGAUGGGAGACGCAGUCCCCCCUGGGAGCCUUGACCAGUCCCCGGGCUUCAGACUUGGACUUUCUGUGGAAUAAUAUUGGGGUCUUGGUUUCUGUUUUUUAACUAUCAAAUGUUCUCCCAAAGAUGCUGCAGUAGACAGCCUCUAGGUUCAUCAAGUUAAGAGUCCUGGUAGAACCGGACAGGUUCCCUGCCUUUCCGUAUUCCUUCCCCAUGUCCAGCAACCGCUCUUACCUUGUGUGCCAUAAGACAGCUGCUCACCUUCAAGAUCCCACAAACUCCCUGUGAAACUGGUGCUGUACCACAUGCCUGCCAUCUGGGAAUUGUUACCUUACUGUAUUUUUUAAAGAGAUGAAAGUCUUGUCCAAGCAGAUAGCUUAUUUAAAGACGUCUGCUUCUGUGGCCAUUGACUCCAUCACACCUGAUUUCUUGGAGGUGGUGAACCUGUUUCUGAGAGCAGCUGAUAGCAGUGGUAGUGCAUUCCAAACCCGUCUAAUAAAGCUGUUUGCUUUUGAGGUGGAGCUUGGGGAAUCUCUGAAGCUAGUAAGUCUCUAAGAAUUGUAAUUGUGAAGGAAACGUGUCUGCAGCUGUAACAGAAUUAGAACUCUUCUACCAUAAAACUUCUUUUCCAG